AUGGAGUUGCUAGGACGUAUCCGGGACAAUGUCCGCUUUUACUACCUGCAAUACCUGAUUGUGACAGGAAUCUGCUUUGCCCUCAUGCUCUUCUUUUCUCCCGGUGCUUGGGUGGAACUUCUCAUUAUCGGAGCCGUAUGGGUUGUGUUGCUGUUUGCUACCAGAGAUCAAGGAGAGCGUGUCAAGACUGUUGUCCUUGGUGCCAUGGGAAUUGGUAGUGCCGUAGCGCUGUUCUUCGUUCUGGAAGGUGUGUUUUGGUGGGGUAUCGGUGCGAGCGCCAUUCUGGUGCUUGGACACGCUAUCUACAAUGAUCCGUCCAAACUGCGGGAGCAGGAGCAACAAGCUGGGAAUGUGGAACUGGAAAACCAAGAGGCCCCAAAGACCAGCGACGUUGUUUAG